UGUGUGUAUGAGUGCGUGAGUGUGUGUGUGUGAGUGUGUGUGAGCGCGGAUCCAAACUGGAAACCCCUACCAAAAAAAAAAAGAAAAGCGCACACAUUCAAGUCGAAUUUAAUGCACUCCGACUGGGUUGUUGGCACUACUUUCCAGAGCUGUGGAUAGCGCGGAGAGCUCUGAAACUUGCGUGAUUGUGUUUUUUUUCUUCUUCUCCUCCCGUGGCAGCAGCAGCAGCAGCAGUGCUGUUGCGCCGCUCCGACUGCUCUCUACUAGUUGAGUGGAUCCAUUGGUCGGAGCAGGAUUGCGCAUUGGCCCUGCUGUACAUACACACACCGCUUAUCCCGAAGGAAGAGGAACAAUGAAGGACUAAACGUUUUCUCCUUGCUCCAAGUCGAGCUUGUUGCAAAGUUAAAUCUGUUCACAGUUUCAUUUUUUAAAAUUAUCUCGCGCUUCUUAAAUUUUUCCCCUCUUUUCGUCUGCGGGAUGCAUCCGCUGCUGUAGGAUCCCGCUUGUUGACAAACAGUUUCUUUUUUUGGAAGAAGAAGUUUUACAACAAGCUCCGGACACUAACAGCCAGAAAAAUGUCCACGCCGAGGUUCAAAAAGGAUAAAGAAAUCAUCGCGGAUUACGAGAGUCAAGUAAAAGAGAUCCGGGCCCAGUUGGUGGAACAGCAGAAAUGUAUGGACCAGCAGACAGAAAUGAGGGUCCAGCUGCUGCAGGAUCUCCAGGACUUCUUCAGGAAAAAAGCAGAGAUUGAGAUGGAGUACUCCAGAAACCUGGAGAAACUGGCCGAGCGCUUCAUGGCAAAGACUCGCAGCACCAAGGAUCACCAGCAGUACAAGAAAGACCAGAACCUGCUGUCACCAGUCAACUGUUGGUACCUGCUCCUGAACCAAGUGAGGAGGGAGAGUAAAGACCACGCCACACUGAGCGACAUCUACCUCAACAACGUCAUCAUGAGGUUCAUGCAGAUCAGCGAGGACUCCACACGGCUACUAAAGAAGAGCAAGGAAAUAGCCUUUCAGCUCCAGGAAGACUUAAUGAAGGUCCUAAAUGAGCUAUACACAGUGAUGAAGACCUAUCACAUGUACCACUCAGAGAGCAUCAGCGCCGAGAGCAAAUUGAAGGAGGCUGAGAAGCAAGAGGAGAAGCAGAUCGGCAGGGGAGAUCCGGUCUUCAGCAUCCGAAUGGAGGACAAAUACCAGAAACGCAACUCCGUGAAGAAGAUUGAGAAGAUGAAAGAAAAGCGUCAAGCCAAGUACUCAGAGAACAAGAUGAAGUCGAUCAAAGCGCGGAACGAGUACCUACUGACACUGGAAGCGUCAAACUCCUCCGUUUUCAAAUACUACAUCCACGACUUGUCAGACUUAAUUGAUUGCUGUGAUUUGGGGUACCACGCUAGUCUGAAUCGGGCAUUGCGGACCUACCUAUCAGCUGAAUAUAACCUGGAGACGUCACGCCAUGAGGGUCUUGACAUCAUUGAAAAUGCUGUGGACAGUCUGGACCCACGCAGUGAUCGGCAGAGGUUCAUGGAGAUGUAUCCUACGGCCUUCUGCCCACCGACAAAGUUCGAGUUCCAGCCUCAUAUGGGAGACGAGGUGUGUCAGAUCUCAGUGCAGCCGCCAGUGAACGGAGAGCUUAUACUGAGGUUCCAGCAGCUGCAGUCUCGCCUGGCUACUUUGAAGAUCGAAAACGAAGAGAUCAAAAAGACGUCAGAGGCUACCCUCACCACCAUUCAGGACAUGGUGACCAUCGAAGACUACGACGUGUCCGAGUGUUUCCACCACAGUAGAUCCACCGAGUCGGUCAAGUCCACUGUGUCGGAGACGUACCUCAGCAAACCCAGCAUUGCCAAGAGGAGGGCCAACCAGCAGGAGACAGAGCAGUUCUACUUCAUGAAAUUCCGGGAGUUUCUGGAGGGCAGCAAUCUCAUCUCCAAACUGCAGGCCAAACAUGACUUACUGAAGAGGACACUUGGUGAAGGCCACCGAGCUGACUACAUGACCACAAGCAGACAUCCCAAUGGUCCGCUCAAAACCCACACUGGCACCCGGCGGGCUAGACCCCGCUCUGUUUUUAAUGUUAGGUUAUUUAAUGGCAAUUUGGAGUCAUUUAUCAAGGACUCUGGACAAGCUAUCCCCCGUGUGGUUGAAAGCUGUAUUCGCUACAUAAAUUUGUAUGGCCUCCAACAUCAAGGAAUAUUUCGUGUAUCUGGAUCCCAGCUGGAAGUCAAUGACAUCAAGAACUCAUUUGAGAGAGGAAACGACCCUUUGACAGAUGAGGAGAAUAACCAUGACAUCAACUCGGUGGCUGGUGUUCUCAAACUUUACUUUCGGGGUCUGGAGAACCCUCUUUUCCCCAAAGAGAGGUUCAAUGAUCUGCUCUCAUGCAUCAGAAUAGAAAACCUGUAUGAGAGAGCGCUAUACAUCCGCAAGAUCCUCCUGACCAUUCCGAGAUCGGUCCUCAUUGUUAUGCGCUACCUCUUCGCCUUCCUCAACCACCUGUCCCAGUACAGUGACGAAAACAUGAUGGACCCAUACAACCUGGCCAUAUGCUUUGGCCCUACACUCAUGCCCACGCCAGACAGCCAGGACCAGGUGUCCUGCCAGGCCCACGUCAAUGAGAUCAUCAAGACCAUCAUCAUCCACCAUGAGACCAUCUUUCCUGAUCCCAAAGAACUGGAUGGCCCUAUCUACGAGAAGUGCAUGGCUGGAGGAGACUAUUGCGAGAGCCCCUACAGUGAACAUGGAGCCCUGGAGGAGGUAGACAAUGAGGGAGGGACGGAGACGCACACCAGUGAGGACGAGGGUGAGCCCAUUGAAGCCAUCGCCAAGUUUGACUAUGUCGGGCGCUCAUCCAGGGAGUUGUCCUUCAAGAAGGGCGCCUCCCUGCUGCUGUAUCAACGGGCGUCUGAAGACUGGUGGGAGGGACGCCACAACGGCAUCGACGGCCUGGUGCCACACCAGUAUAUUGUGGUCCAGGACAUUGAUGACAACUUCUCAGACACUCUGAGUCAGAAGGCUGACAGCGAAGCCAGCAGCGGCCACGCCGGUGAGGAUAAAUGCUUGGGAAAAGACAUCGGCUCGCCCACUGACACCAGGAUCUCUGAGGCUUACAUCACCAGGUUGGCAUCCACAAGACUGCACUACAGGCACAGGAAAAGAUCAGAACCGCCCUCUCGACGGCCUCCUGCCCGCCCCAGUGAUGUCCACUGCAAGGUGCACCCUUCCCAGCAGGGUCACAGCGGGCAUGGAGGCACUCCUGAGAUGGGCUCCCCAGUCCUUGGCCAUUUCAGCCCACGGGACAUGCUGCGGAGUCGCAACCACUUGCCCAUGGACAGCCCAGAGCGUCGGCGCCGCACUGGUCACAGCAGCCUGACUAACAUCAGCCGCCACGAGUCCCUGAAGAAGAUGGAGAGCCCUCCGAUCCGCCGUUCCACCUCUUCGGGCCAGUACACAGGCUUCACUGACACCCACCACCACCAUGGCGGCAAGCCCCUGGAUCCGGAGACCAUCGCACAGGACAUAGAAGAAACAAUGAACACGGCCCUGAAUGAGCUGCGGGAGCUGGAGCGGCAGAGCUCAGCCAAACAUGCCCCUGACGUGGUGCUGGACACCCUGGAGCAGCGGCAGACCUCCGGCAGUAGUGGCGGGGGCCCCACGCCGGCCAGUUCCAGCGAGUCCCUCAGCCCCAUUCACGGCGUCAUGCUGAGGUCCACCGUCAACACUGAGCCGCCCAUCCGCCGCAGCACCAGCUCCUCCAGCGAUACCAUGAGCACCUUCAAGCCUAUGGUAGCACCCCGCAUGGGGGUGCAGCUCAAACCCCCCGCCUUGAGACCCAAGCCCAUGGUCCUGCCCAAAUCCAACCAGGUCCCACAGCCUCCAGCUACAUCUGCUCAGGAGCCUCUGGACAAGUCCUGCACCAUGUAAUCUCUGGGACUGAAACCAGACACGAAAAACAAGAUAAACUCUCGAUAACCAACAUCCACGGCGGCAGCAAAAUGCUAGCAAUGUCCCUACUUUAAAGAUUGUGUAGAAUACAUGGACCUGGACAGGAAAAGACAACUCACAUUUUGAGCUAGCCGUUUCCUUUUGGUGUUCUGAAGUUAAAAAAGUAGAUCCUUAUGGUCACUCUGACACUAGUGUAGGAGUUAGGAAUUUGUCAGCAGGACAAAUCUUCUGUCUCAAUAACACGUGCACAGUUAUGUGUUUAAGCUUCAGUUAAUAUUAUCUAACAUAAGUCUGUUUCUUAAAGAACUCAAACAACAAAUCACAAAGGCUUCCUUUAAGGUUUUAGAAAAUGUACCAUAGUUAGUUUAGUUUACAGACAUUCAUGAACUGUGUAACUUUGAACAAAACACAGGGCAUGUCACUCUUUUGUUUACCACUGAACCUGAAACGGAGUUUGAUGAGAACUGUAGUGACCACAGUGGAAUUCUCACAAGUAGAAUUAGGAAUUAGAUGUAGAUUAGUUUUUUGGGUUUUUAAUUGCUGUUACCUAGGAGGGCCCUUGAAGGCAUUUGUGAACUGGUCCAAAGGCCUUACUGACUCUGAGAUGUUACUGAUUUCAAAUGUUAAAAAUGUUACUAUUAUAAAGGUGCUGUGACUACCUGGACAGAAGUGGUAUGAAGGUUGGACUGAUUAUGGGUCUGAAGAGCCCUUAACAACUAAUGGUACUCUGUUAAUGAAUUAACAGUACUGAUAGCAGUAUGCUUUAUUUCUGUAUUUCUGUAAACUCAGCAACUUUCUUUGGCAAGGCAUACCAUCAGUUGUGUCUCAGUGAUGUACAAAGAUCACCUCUGUGCUGGAUCCACUAAAAUUUAUUUUAACAUAUUUUCCACUUUGCCUGGAAUGAGAGAUGACUAUUGGAUAAAACCACUACUUCAUUAUGAACUUUGUUUGAACAUUUUUGAUGCAUUCUUGAAUUCCUGCAUCAGUAAGUUAAGGUGCAGGGAUAAAAUAUGCCUAAUAAUUUAUGCCUUUGCAUCUGUGUAACCCAUGGGGAGCAGUGUGAAAGUGGUUUGUACUUUAAAACUUAUGACAAAUCAUCUCCUACCUACAGUAUAUACACCACAUAUGCUAUUAUAUGGCGUGGAACACAUGCCAUAGCUUCUUUUACGCCUUGCUUGGCUUUAUCUACCCAAAGACAUGACUACAAGUUAAAGCAUGGAUGUUGAUCCUCCAUAUAUGAUGUAGGCAUUCUUCAUAGUGACUGAUCUGUAUAGACUCAUGGCGGCGCCCUGUGGGAGUGCUGCCGGUAGCCAUGGACCUAAUGACUGUUAGUGUAAAAGCCUCCUAAUGUGUUCCCGCUGCUUCCUGUGCUUCUCUUUGUCAACAUUUCAGAAAACAGCAGCUUGCUGAGUCCCUCUAGUCUGCUUUAUGUUCAGGUGAGAAUGUCAGUAAUGCAUUCUUGUGUUGCUCUUUGACUGACUUUGAGGCUUUCUCUGUGGAAUGAUGGAUGACACCUCUGAAUGCCUGAGGUGUGGCAGGAAACGGCACGUGUGGAACAAGAGGAAGUCAUACUUACAGCAUCAGUGAACAGCCCUUGUCAGUCAGCUCAUACGCAUCUAUGUCAAGUAAUCAUUUCAAAAUGCAAUAGCCCCAUAAAACUGUAUGUGCCAGAGUUCCAGCUGUGUGACUGCACCCCUGUAUGUGUCUUUUUUUUUUUUUUUAAGUAACCUCUAUACUGUAAAAAAAAAAAUAACAGAACUGGGUGCAUGUCUUGGGGAUGUGUGGCUAGCAUAAUAACACUUAGAAAAGACUUGGUUUGCAAUGAAUAAGCAAUGCUCUCUAACAGCAGGUUUACACUAUCUUUGACUUGACAGAUAUUGUGUGUAUAGUAAUCAAAAAUUAAUUGAUUUCUGAAUUACUAACUUUCAUUAUUUUUAUAAUCAUUUUUAUGUUGGUUUUUUUUGUGUGUUUCUGGGUAGAAAUGACUUUAAACUUAGAACAAAUGAUGUAGAAUAAAUAUCCAGAGAUACAAAUGUUGCACCUAUGAAGCCAGUUGUAAAAAAAAAAGUGUGCUUUUGUCACUAUGUAACAUCAUCAACAGUAGGACUCAGUUAUGCCGUGUGUAGGCGUUAAGCUACUCUGUGGUGUUCUGUACAUCUGUAGUAUGUACUUGUGAAAGUGCCUUUGAAAAUGUUUUAGAGGAACUUCAGACAUUCUGUGCUGUUGCAUUUUCAUGUCAGAUGCUGUGUUUUGAGAAAAUGCAGUGCAGGAAGAAGACACAUGAAUAAGUAAUGAUGCCAUUUUCCAAAGUUAUAUGACAGAGUUAAUAAUAAAUAAACAGCUUACCCAUUGUGACAUUGCACUUUUAUGUAUAUAACUGUAUAUAUGGCAUGUAACAUCAUAACAUCUAGAGUUCUUUGAGGACUUGUACCUCAAUGGAUUUCUUUCUAAUAAAGGAAAUAGUUUGUGGAG